AUGGCUUCAGGAGGAUCAAAAUCAAUAGCUUUAAUCCUUUUAGCCCUAAACCUAGUCUUGUAUUUCAUCGUAAUCGUAAUUGCUUCAUGGGCAAUGAACCACGGGAUUCAAAGAUCCAAGGAAGCAGCAUCAGUUUUGACGACUCCAGCAAGAAUAUUCCCAAUAUACUUCCCAAUGGGGAACAUGACAACUGGCUUUUUCAUAAUUUUCACUCUUAUUGCUGGUGUUGUGGGGUUUACUACCUCAAUAACUGGAUUGAAUAACAUAUUCCAGUGGAAUGCUCCUAAUUUAGAUGCUGCAGCUAUGUCUUCAUUGAUAACAUGGGCACUCACUCUACUAGCUAUGGGAUUUGCAUGUAAAGAGAUUGAACUUGGUUGGACUGAUUCAAACCUGAGAACCCUUGAAACAAUAACAAUAAUUGUAACCGCAACACAACUGUUAUGCACUGGUGUUAUUCAUGUUGGGGCUUCAGAAGUUAUUUAUCAUUAG